UCCUCAUGCUGCCAGGUCCCAGUCUCUCAUGGGUCCCUGUACGGCCUCCCACAGCUGCUGUCUCCAUCGCCCACUCUGCCAUGCCACUUUCAGGUCUCCUCACACUGCUGGUGUGUUCCAUUUUUUGUCAUAGGGUGCUGGCAGAUUACGGGCCUCCCAUAGCUGCUGCCAGGCCCCUAAUCUCCAUGGGCCCCUAUACCGCCUCCUCAUGCUGCUGCCAGGUCCAGAGUCUCUCAUGGGUCCCCUGUACGGCCUCCCAUUGCUGCUGUCUCCAUCGCCACACUCUGCCAUGUGCCACUUUCAGGUCUCCUCACACACUGCUGGUGUGUUCCAUUUUUUGU